AUGGCAUCCAAAAGGAUCAUCAAGGAAACCGAAAGCCUCGCAACAGAUUCACCACCGGGGAUAAAGGCUGAGUUAUAUCCUGGGAAUGAUCGUCAUUUCAAGAUUCACAUGAGAGGUCCGGAUGGUACUCCUUACGAGGGUGGAGUUUACCUUUUGGAACUCUUUUUGCCGGAGCAGUACCCGAUGGAACCACCAAAGGUGCGGUUUCUGACAAGUAUUUAUCAUCCAAACAUUGAUAAAAUUGGAAGAAUCUGUUUGGAUAUUCUAAAGGAUAAAUGGAGUCCUGCUCUACAAAUCAGGACUGUUUUACUAAGUAUACAAGCUCUACUUUCCGCUCCAGAACCGGACGAUCCCCUUGAUGCAAACGUUGCAAACCAUUUUAAAGUCGAUCGCAGUGGAGCUGAAGCUCUGGCUAGAGAGUGGAACAAGACUUUCGCGUCGUGUAAUGUUAUAGAUAAGUAG